GAGACUCCACGUGUUGCUUACGCGGCGUGGCCUUAAAUUCAUUCGUUCGACACUUGGAUCUCGGAUCCUCGGUGGCUAGCGAUGGGCAACAAGAACUCGGCCUUUGAGACCAAGCUGAAAGCAAAGGAGUGGCAAUGGGAGCUUGGACGUGAGGCCAAACAUUUGGACAAGGAAAUUGCAAAGAUUCAGAAAGAUGAGGCGAAGUUGCAGGAGCAGAUUCGUGCACAGGCUCAGAAGGGCAAUGUUGACGCAGUGCAGCUUCUCGCCAAGUCAGUGGUGAAAACGCGAAAAGCGGUGCAAAGGCUUGAGAAGACCAAGGCUUCCAUGGAAGCCGUCAAGUUGCAGCUCACCACGCACAUGGCCUCCAUCAGCACCUCCCAAUCGAUCCGUCUCUCUGCGGACAUCAUGAAGAAGAUGAAUGCAAUUGCUCGAAUUCCAGAGGUUAGUGAGACAAUGAAGGACAUGCGAGAGCAAAUGGAAAAGUGUGCUGAUGCCGAGGAGAGCAUUGAAGAAGCUCUCAGAGAGGAUGGCGAAGAGAGCGAGGCAGCUGUCGAAGUGCAGAAGGUUCUGGAGGAAAUGGCCCUAGAUCAGCUGGGGCCACUGGCGCAAGGGCAUGCAGUGGCAGAGCCGGCCAAGGCAGCACCCGCACCUGAGCCCGAGAAGCCCCAAAAGGUCGCGGUGGCUGUGGGCGAGGAGCCGGAGCUGGUGAAGCCGGCAGCUCCUGCUGCUGCAAAGCCAGCACCUGCACCAGCUCCAGCCCCAGCCCCUGCACCAGCACCAGCAGCGCCGCCAGCAGAGGUCGCUCCACCUCCAGCGGCAGGAUAUGCAGACCCCACCGUGCCUGUGGCACCACCAGCUGUAGCACCAGCUGCACCAGCUGUGGCUGCAAAUGCUCCAGCAUCAGGUAGCAGCUUGGACGACGAUCUACUGCGUCGCUUGGAGAUGCUAAAAAAGCCAUGAGUCAAGGGCAGAAGGUGUGAAGCUCAGUGUUUGCGCUCUUUUGCCGAAGAAGAAACCAUGUACAGGGCUUCGCCACUUCACCCGUGUCAGUCUGAUGCGGGGCUCAGUAUCACCAGGCUUCUGUGAACGGUCUAGCAAUUCUCGGCAUCACUUGUACACGCAAAAAUGGAUGUUUCCCAAUUCACAGAUUUCAAGUGACUUCAAGGUCUCCAAGCAGAAGCCGUUGUUCAAAAGUACAUAGGUUCCACGUCCUCAGUGAGGCUUGCGCCUGAGGUAAAUAGUUUCUAUCAUGUGCAGUGGGCGUGGUCGGGACGGUAGUGGUCCUUCCAAAACCCAUCCUGACCCUGGGCCCUUCAAGUUUACAUGAAAGCUAUCAUUGUCGGUUCCAUCACGACUGGGUGUAGCAGUCUGACUUGUUGGUUUGCUUAGGCCAGAAUCGGUAUCGGGGAGCGAUCGCUCGUGUGCUAGUACGAGACCACUUGCAAGCCGCCACCCAGCUUUUCCAUGCUUUUCCUGUUGACCCUACAUUUUCUUUCAUACUGUAUCCAUCCAGCAGUUUGAUGUGCUUUGAGAAUCGCCUGUGAGCAUUUGAGGAUAUUUGAGGUGUACCUUAGCAAUGAGAUGCAAUGAGCUGCUUUGAGUAUUUCUGAAUUAAUCAACACCGACAGCAUGACGGCUAGGGGCC